UUAUGAAGAGGAGGAGCUGAAAGAGAGACAGGUAUAUUCCAACUCAAACUUCAAAUUAUGGGUCAGACACCUGCCGUGAUCAGGCGCGGCUAGCGCGCUAACAUUAGCCGUCAGGAGGGAGUCCAAAAGUACACGCCAGCACAACAGUAGUGGUGACAGGACAGAAGAAAACUGGAUUACAAAACUUGAAUAUUCUCGUAUUCAAUCCAUCGGAGCAAUUUAACCUUACGUGUGCUGAUGUGACUAGUUCUGGAGACGAGAGCGAGCUCUUUUAUCUGGGAUCAUGUCUGUUAACGAGCUCUUUUCUAAGUACACCCGGGUUUGGAUCCCUGAUCCAGAAGAGGUAUGGAAAUCAGCAGAAAUCAUCAAGGAUUAUAAAGAGGGAGACUCAGUCCUUCACCUCAAAUUAGAAGAUGAAUUGCCACUAGAAUAUCCAAUUGGUCCCAAAGACAAUCCGCUUCCAUUUCUUCGUAAUCCUGAUAUUCUGGUAGGAGAAAAUGACCUCACGGCUCUCAGCUACCUCCACGAGCCAGCUGUGCUCCACAAUCUCAAGGUCCGCUUCCUGGAGUCCAAUCACAUUUACACUUAUUGCGGGAUUGUUCUGGUGGCCAUCAACCCAUAUGAGCAGCUACAGAUCUAUGGAGAAGAAGUCAUCAAUGCAUACAGUGGCCAGAACAUGGGGGACAUGGACCCUCAUAUUUUUGCUGUGGCAGAGGAAGCCUACAAACAGAUGGCCAGAGAUGAGAAGAACCAAUCGAUAAUCGUGAGUGGAGAGUCUGGAGCUGGUAAAACCGUCUCUGCAAAGUACGCCAUGCGCUUCUUCGCCACAGUAGGGGGUUCUGCCAAUGACACAAAUGUGGAAGAGAAAGUUCUGGCCUCCAGCCCAAUUAUGGAGGCCAUUGGAAACGCAAAAACCACCCGCAAUGACAACAGCAGCCGCUUUGGGAAAUACAUCCAGAUCGGCUUUGAUAGGAGAUAUCACAUCAUAGGUGCCAACAUGCGAACGUAUCUUCUUGAGAAGUCCAGAGUAGUUUAUCAGGCUGAGGAAGAGAGGAACUACCAUAUCUUCUACCAGCUCUGUGCUUCAUCAUCUCUAGCAGAAUUUAAAGAUCUUACCUUGACCAGCGCAGAAGAUUUCACAUACACCUCUCUCGGUGAGAACAUUUUCAUUGAAGGAGUGAAUGAUGCUGAAGACCUUGUUAAGACAAAAGAGGCUCUCACACUGCUUGGUGUGAAAGAGGGGCAUCAAAUGAGCAUCUUUAAGAUUAUUGCCUCCAUCUUGCACCUGGGGAACGUGGAGAUUGUGUCUGAGAGAGAUGGAGAAUCCUGCCAUAUCAAUAGGGAUGACACUCACUUGCAUCAUUUCUGUCGGCUGCUGGGCAUCGAGCAGGAGCAGAUGGAGCAUUGGCUCUGCCGCAGGAAGCUGGUGACCACUGCCGAGACGUAUGUGAAGAACAUGGGACAUGCCCAGGCAGUCAACGCCCGAGACGCCCUGGCCAAACACAUCUAUGCCCACCUCUUUGACUGGAUCGUGGAGCAUAUCAAUAAGGCCCUGCAUACCUCCACCAAACAACACUCAUUUAUCGGAGUGCUGGAUAUCUACGGAUUUGAAACGUUCGAGAUCAACAGUUUUGAACAGUUCUGUAUUAACUAUGCCAAUGAGAAACUACAGCAGCAGUUUAACUCGCAUGUGUUUAAACUGGAGCAAGAGGAGUAUAUGAAGGAGCAGAUCCCCUGGACACUUAUAGAUUUUUAUGAUAACCAGCCAUGCAUUGACCUCAUUGAAGCCAAGCUCGGUAUACUGGAUCUUCUUGAUGAAGAGUGUAAGGUGCCCAAAGGAACCGAUCAGAACUGGGCGCAGAAGCUGUACAGCCAGCAUACACGCAGCGAGCAUUUUGAGAAGCCCAGAAUGUCCAACCGCUCCUUUAUUGUGGUCCACUUUGCGGAUAGGGUUGAGUAUCUGUGUGAUGGCUUCUUGGAGAAGAACAGAGACACUGUCUAUGAGGAACAUAUAAACAUCCUCAAGGCUAGCCAGUUCCAGUUGGUGGCGGAUCUCUUCCAGGAUGGUAAAGAAGUUGCCACUCCAUCUUCUGCCAAAAACUCCAGAGUCAACGUCCGGGCGGCCAAGCCCAUGCCAAAAGGCCACAACCGUGAACACAGGAAAACUGUGGGCACACAGUUCAGGAACUCUUUACAUCUUCUGAUGGAAACACUGAACGCGACCACACCUCAUUAUGUGCGCUGCAUUAAACCCAAUGAUUUAAAGGAAGCUUUUGUAUUUGAUUCUAAAAGAGCUGUUCAGCAGCUACGAGCAUGUGGAGUUCUAGAGACCAUCCGGAUUAGUGCCGCUGGAUAUCCGUCCAGAUGGACAUAUCCAGAUUUCUACAGCAGAUAUCGGGUGCUCAUGACAAAGAAGGACAUGACCAUUGGGGAUAAGAAGCAGGUCUGUAAGAACCUGCUGGAGACUUUGAUCAAGGAUCCAGAUAAGUUCCAGUUUGGAAAGACUAAGAUUUUCUUCAGAGCAGGUCAGGUGGCUUAUCUGGAAAAGCUCCGAGCAGAUAAGUUCCGCUAUGCCUGUAUUAAGAUCCAGAAGACGGUGCGAGGAUGGCUACAGAGAAAUCGCUACCGCAAGAUCCGCAAGUCUGCCAUCACUCUGCAGAGAUACGGCCGGGGUUACCUGGCACGUAGGUAUGCAGAGAUGCUUCGUCUCACCCGAGCAGCAACUAUAUGUCAGAAACAAUACCGGAUGGUACGAGUUCGGCGGGAGUAUCUUAGAAUCCGUCAGGCUGUGAUCACCAUUCAGGCUUUCACCAGGGGCAUGUUCAUACGCAGAAUAUAUCAGGAGUUCGUGCUCCAUCACAAAGCCAUGAUCAUACAGAAGACUGUCCGUGGCUGGCUCGUGAGGAAGAAGUACCUCCACUCCCGAAAUGCUGCUAUCGUCAUCCAGUGUUUCUACAGGCAGGUGCGUGCCAAGCGGCAACUAAAACAACUCAAGAUAGAGGCCCGUUCAGCCGAACACUUUAAAAACCUCAACGUUGGAAUGGAGAACAAAAUUGUUCAGCUCCAGAAGAAGAUGGAUUACCAGUCAAAGGAGUAUAAAACUCAGAAUGAGCAACUGGCUGUUGCUAAUACCACUCUGGGCUCAGAAGUCAAUAAACUCCAAAAGGAAUUGGAGACCCUUCGGAUUCGGCAAACCGCUGGCACUUCACUGCAGGAGGAGCUUGAGAGGCUAAGGGUGGAGCUCCAGGAAGCCCACACCCAGAGGAAGCAGAUUGAAGAGGAGUUCAGCAAUGAGAAACAGGGGCUCAAACAGAGGGUGGAGGAGCUGGAGAAUGAGAACACACUCUUGAAAAAGGAAAAAGAAGAGAUGAACCGCAGAAUCCAGACCUCCGCUCAGGGUCAGGGAGGAGAUGUGCCUCAGAAGGAAAGCCGUCUGCAGUCUGAGCUGGAUGAAGAGAGACUGCGCUAUCAGAACCUUCUGAAAGAAUACUCCAGACUGGAGCAGAGAUACGAUAACCUGCAAGAGGAGGUGAAGUUCCACCCCGGCCAUCGCCGUAACCCCUCUAACCAGAGCAGUCUGGGCUCGGACUCCAACUACCCAUCCAUCAGCAUGUCAGAAGUUGGAGACACUGAUGACACCAUCCAGCAGGUGGAGGAAAUGGAUAUAGAGAAGGCCGCCAUGGACCUCAGUGUGUUCAUGAAGUUGCAGAAGCGAGUGCGAGAGCUGGAGCUGGAGAGGAAGAGGCUGCAGACCCACCUGGAGAAAGUGGAGGAGUUGAGCAAGCGCAAGGGUAGUGAGGCUAAGAGUUCCACGUCAGAGGACAUAAAGGCGGACCUGGCCUACAACAGUCUGAAGAGGCAAGAGUUGGAGUCUGAGAAUAAGAAGUUGAAGAAUGACUUGAAUGAGCUGAGGAAAGCAGUGGCCGACAGGGCCUUCGAGAACAACUCAUCCAAUGAGCUUCAGGAGAGUUACAACCUGCUGCUCAAUCAACUUAAGGCGGCCAGUGAGGAGUUGGAUGUGCGCAAGGAGGAAGUCCUCAUGCUCAAGACCCAAAUUGUCAACUCCACAAGCCAGACUUCCAAUGAUGUAUUGGGAUGGACCAACAACAAGAAGUCCCCUGACAUGGUGGAUGCUCCAGAGGCACAUGAGUCAAAGAAGCUGCUGGAGGCACAGCUACAGACACAGUCUCGACAACACCGGGAUGAACUAGAAGCUCUCCACACACAGAUUGAACUGCUGAAAGAUAAUCUAGAGAAGAAGCAGGAGAUGCUGAACCACUUCUCCACACUCUCUCCCGAUGCUCUGGUGGAGUUCAGUGUACAGCAGGAGAUCACACGACUCACCAAUGAAAACCUGGAUCUCAAGGAACUUGUGGAGAAGUUGGAGAAGAAUGAGAAGAAGUUGAAGAAGCAGUUGAGGAUCUACAUGAAGAAAGUGCAAGAGCUGGAAGUGUCUCAGGCAAGUAAGAGCCGGCCAGAACUUAACCGACAGGUCACCGUACAGAGGAAGGAGAAGGACUUUGAAGGCAUGCUGGAGUACUACAAAGAAGAUGAGGCCUUGCUAGUCAAGAAUUUAGUUACAGACAUGAAGCCCAAUGUUGUGUCAGCUACUGUUCCCUGCCUCCCCGCCUACAUCCUCUUUAUGUGCAUCCGCCAUGCUGACUACAUCAACGACGACCAGAAAGUUCACUCACUCCUCACCUCAACCAUCAAUGCCAUCAAAAAGGUCCUGAAGAAAAAUAACGAUGACUUUGAGAUGACCUCCUUCUGGCUGGCAAACACCAGUCGACUACUUCACUGUCUGAAGCAGUACAGCGGGGAUGAGGCGUUUAUGACCCAGAACUCUGCCAAGCAAAAUGAACACUGCCUGAAAAACUUUGACCUGGCGGAGUAUCGGCAAGUUCUGAGUGACCUUUCCAUCCAGAUCUAUCAACAGCUUGUCAGAGUGGCAGAGGCUAUCAUGCAACCCAUGAUUGUGUCUUCGAUGCUUGAGAGUGAGAGCAUCCCCAGUCUGGCCGGUGUGAAGCCUAUGGGCUACAGGAACCGCACGUCUAGCUUUGAUUGUGAGGAUGGGGGUCCGGCGGGCUACACACUGGAGGCCCUGAUCAGGCAGCUGGGACAGUUCUACACCACCAUGGCGGAUCAUGGCCUGGACCCUGAGAUCGGUGAGCAGGUGGUUCGGCAGCUCUUCUACUCCAUCAAUGCAGUGACCCUCAACAACCUGCUACUGCGCAAAGAUGUUUGCUCCUGGAGUACUGGCAUGCAGCUCAGGUACAACAUCAGUCAGCUGGAGGAAUGGCUGAGGGGAAAGAAUCUGCACCAGAGUGGCGCUAUAGCCACCAUGGAGCCUCUGAUCCAGGCUGCCCAGCUAUUACAGGUGAAAAAGAAGACUUCCCAAGAUGCCGAGGCCAUUUGCUCGCUCUGUACCGCCCUCAGUUUGCAGCAGAUUGUGAAAAUUCUGAACCUGUACACACCACUAAACGAGUUUGAGGAGAGAGUCACUGUGUCCUUCAUCAGAGACAUACAGAAUCGCCUCCAAGAUCGGAUAGAAAUCAACCAACUGCUGGUGGACACCAAGCACACCUUCCCUGUUCUCUUCCCUUACACCCCCUCAGCGCUCAGUCUGGAGACUUUACACAUCCCUGCCUCCCUCAACCUGGACUUCCUUACACGGGUCUGAAAUCUCAAUCUCUCAGUUUCAAUGUAAACUCUACUGAGUCAGACCUGCAGCCUGCAGAGAGAAGCUCAGGCCCACCGCAGAUCUGCUAACCCACGUACUAACAUCACCAUACGUGUGGCUGGGAUUUACAGUAUUAGCAUUUAACAAGAUGUACAGUCUCCCUCAACAACUUACUAUGGUGUCGAGAUGCUGUAGUCUGCAUUUUGACUUUCCUUGUAUGACACUCAACUCUGGUUUUCUCUGGGGUCAAUUUAAUAAAAGCAAGGCUACAGGCCAUUCUUUGGGGGGGCGGGGGGUGGAGUUGAAACACUAUAUUUGGACCGGGAUAUGUCUUUCACUAAUUCUUAUGAUUAAAUAACUUUAAUCUAAAUGAUUAUAUGAGGGGUUUGGGCUACUGAUAAAGAUUUAUUUAUCUGUAUUAGUAUGCACUGAUUUGUGUAUUUUAUUCCCUUUGCUUGUGUCGGUGCACUCUCUCAUAUCAGCAGCACCAUCGACCUGUUCACAGUGAUUUUUCUUUCCUAGAUGAACUUUUAAAGUCAUUACCAGUUGCCAAGAUUCAUUCUCACAAGCUCUAGCAAAAAUAAGCAGGAGAAAUCUCUGCAUUGCAGUGGAUCGGUCUCUCCAAAAUGGACUCGGACUCUUUUAACGCUUUUUUUUUUUUUUCCUCUGAGGAGGAAUACUGUCCUGUUCUUUUGGAGGUACAAAUGCAGAGACAUGGAGACCUGAAUUAGUUAAAGCCUCCAAAGCAGGCCCGGUCUGCUCUUCAGAUUGACAAUGGCAAGUUGAAGUAUGUGGAGCAGAGAGAGGACGUCUGUUUUAUGAGAGGAGUUUGAACUGGGAUAUUUAAUAAUCUUAACGGAAAUCAAAUGAUUGCUGUUUGUUGGGGGAAUAUUGACUGUGCUGGAGAGAAAGUCAUGUGCAAGAUGAAGAAAUGUAUGCUUGAUAUACACUCAGAUGAUUUAUUCGGUGUACAGGAAAGAUGUACUCAACUCCUAUUUGACUGUUCAAAAGUGUAAAUGUCACAUCAUACUUUGUACUUUUGCACAACUCUGUAAAUGAUUAUGUGCAAUCUAAUAGCAAUAACCACAAGCACUGUUUACUUUUUCUUUUCUUUUUUUCAUAAGAAGAAAAAAGAAUAAGGACCAUUUUAUAAAACUGAAAGAUUAGUUUUGCCAAUAGAAUGGGCUGUUCUGCAAGAGCAGUUCAUGUCAAAAUCUGUACUUUGGUAUUGUUUCGAAGCCAUAAUCCAUCUUUACAUUUAAAUAGAUUUUAGUGUUUCCAGUUGAAUGAAACAAUGGUCUCUGGUUUCCAUUGUGCGAAGCCUGUCAAAAUGAAUACAAAGCUGUCAAAUUCACAUGUAUCACACUAUUGCUCUCUGGAUAUCACUUUCUGGAUUUAAAUAGUUAUUUGAAUGCCAAUAAAGUAAAGACUCUAGAUUUUCAAAGUUGAUUAAUAUGUAAAUGUGUAAACAUGAGUGAUUUUAUGUUUACAGUUAUUUUUGCAGUGGGCUUUUAUGGUACAAUCCCAUUUGUUUUGUGUCUUGAAAAUGUUGUCUUCAUUUUUUACUGUCCUGUACUGAUUAUAUUUGUAACUACUCAAAUCUGUGUAGUGUAUAAUUACAGAAGCUGUUGUAUCACAAGCCAACAAAUAUAUUUUUCAUAAUUACUGCUAAUUUCACUAAACACUCAUACAUUUG